CCUACAUUAGCUUCAGAGUGUUUUUCUGCUUUUUACGGUAAUUGAUACCCAAUAACCUGUUUCUUCAAUUGAAUAACCGUUGAUUUUUUUUUGGUGAAAAUUCCAUGCUCAGUACAUAUGCCUACUUAUUCCUAACGAUUUAUACAUUCAUCAUUUCAUUUUUUAUUCGAUCAACAUUUACAAUAAUUGACAAUAAAAUGUAUGUAAAAAAUCGAAUGCUGGACAGAGUUAACUUAAGAAUGAAAUAGGCAGUGAAUGGCGUGUUUUGGUAGCGCACGGUUUUAGGCCUAGUGAAAUAUACCGUGCCUUUGUAAAACCAGUGAUUGCCAGACAAUGAUGGGCUUUCCUAACAUUCUUGUGGUCUUUUCUUCAUCGCUAUGUAUUGUCAGGGUGCAGUCAUAUUUCUGCUCCUUUGUAUUGUUAACGUUCUACUCGGUUGAAUGAGUUUCAAAAGAGUUAACCACAGGAUAAAAGUUAACAAAAAGUGCAAAUUUACUCCCACUCUCAGAUCUUAGCACGAACGCUUGGAAAUGUCACUAUGGCAUGAAUUACAAAUCAGGACUAGGUGCGUACAGUGGCCACAAUUGGUCUUGUUUUGCUGACUAAGUAAUGGCCUAUACUCUCUGGAAUUAUUGCAGUGGAUAAGACAAUUGUAUUGUUUUACUAAAAUAUCUGUUACUUCAUUUAUGGCUUUUAAAGGAAUGGCAUAUUACCAAAAGUUCUUCCGACGCAAGGGAUUAAAACCGGUACAUGCAACGCAACGAUUGAAGCGAUGUCUGACUACACUUGAUCUGGUUAUAUUUGGUACCGGGAACAUGUUAGGUGCUGGUUUAUAUAUUGUUACUGGAGAGGUUAUUCGAUCGUACGCUGGGCCUUCGGCUAUUUUAUCUUUCGUAAUAGCGGGAACAAUUGCAUUUUUUUCGGCACUGUGUUACGCUGAGCUAGCUGCUCUUCUACAGAUUUCCGGCUCAGCAUAUUAUUACGUGUACGUGGCAUUGGGUGAAUUUCCUGCAUUUCUAGUCGGUUGGAAUCUUAUACUUGAAUGUUUAAUAGGUGCAGCUUGCGCAGCAUCUUCAUGGAGUGCAUAUCUUAAUGAAUUAGUUGAUGCUAAAAUUGGGAACUAUACUGUAGAGUAUCUCUUAGACGGUGAGCCUUGGGAUUCUAACAUCCUGCUUCCAUAUCCCGACAUUGUAGCAGGAAUCGUGUCAUUACUUGCCUCUAUGUUAACUGCCAUUGGAGCAAAGGCUACCUUACGUUGUAAUGUUGUGUUUGUGAUUGUAAAUAUAUUGGUUGUUGUUGGAAUCUCCGUUGUUGGUUUUCAAAAUGGCAUUGUAGAUAAUUUAACUCAACCUGAUGGUUUCUUUGCGUAUGGUGUGCUCGGUGUUUUGUCAGGAAGCGGGUUCUGUUUUUAUUCAUUUAGUGGUUUUGACGCACUGUCUAUUGCCGUUGAAGAAACAGAGAAUCCUGCUAAAAGUGUGCCAGUCGCCACAAUCAUUAGCAUGUCCGUGACCACUGUAACGGCUGUUAUUUCUUGCCUUUCAUUGACUGUCCUCCGACCAUACUUCAACGUGGAUCCUGCGUGGUCUUUUCUUGAAGCGUUCGAGACAUUAAAUAAUAGUUAUAUAUCCUAUGCUCUUCUAAUAUGUGUUUUAACGGGUAUAUCUGCAUUAGUUGUAGCACACCUGUUUACAAUGCCACGGAUUGCUUUAUCGAUGGCUCGUCAUGGUUUACUGUUUUCAUGUUUAGCGACAAUUAGCCAGAGGACUGGAACGCCCGUUGUAACUAUUGGUUUAUUUGGUAUCAUUCCAGCCGCUCUAUCUAUUUUUAUUCGCUUUGACGUCCUUAUUGAGCUGCUUUCUAUAGGUAUUUUUGUGGCUCACAUUGCAGUAGUGUGUUCAGUUAUUGUUUUGAGAAAUGAAAAACUAGAUUUAGCGACGGAACAGUUGGAGGAAACACUUCCAUUGAAGCGAACAACUCUUUCAUAUAGAGGAGGAUUAAGAAUACGAACAGAAUCUGAAACAGAAGCAGAUUUGUUGAAGAAUAAGGAGGAAGACGAUGAUGAUGUCGAUUCAAACCCGGGAUAUAAGCCAGUUGAGGUAGUAAAUAGCUGGACAUAUAUGCUAGACACAACGAGUAUAAAUACUUGGUUACUGCUAUUUAUCAUAUUCAAUACUGCAGCCACUGCAAUACUUAUCAAUCUACCAUCCAAGGUGAAAUAUCCUCUCUUAUUCUGGAGUAUGGUCGCUGUUGGAAGCAUCGUUUUCGUGAUUGGAUUAAUAUGUUUUCUAUCCGUUUCUCGUGCUAAAGGUGAAACAAACAAAAGGAAUUUCAAGGUUCCUGGCAUGCCGUAUUUACCUGGAAUUGUUAUCACUCUCGAGUUGCUACUAAUGGUCAACCUCAAAGCAUUAGCUUGGCUUCGCCUUUUCGUUUGGAGUAUCAUUGGUAAGAAUUAUUUAAUUAUCGCAUUAUCUAUUAGCACUUUUUAG